AUGCCGCCAAAUAAAAUAGUGUACACAGUUGCUAAACGUAUGGACGGAUUUCAGUUAUAUGUGACCAACACAUCGAAUAUUCCGCCUGAUGGUUAUCUCUGUUAUGCAGAUCCUGAACCUAAGGGAUUUCUAAAAUUCCCAAACAUCACUCAGACAAUACCAUGUAAUCAACUAGGAAAAUAUGUCGUUUAUUACGAUGGAAAAGGUUCAGAUGAAGGCAAUCGCAUCCCAGGACCCAUUGUUGAAUUGUGUUACGUUGCCAUCCAAGGUUGUGCAAUGAGUUAUUGGGGAAUCAAAUGCGACAAAUAUUGUCCCGAAAAUUGUCUAGGGCAACAUUGCUUCAUUGAAACUGGUUCCUGUGUUUGGGGAUGUAAUGCCGAAAACUGUUUUGGCAAUAAUUGCAAUAGAGACACAUCAAUUUGUACCGAUGGUUGUAAAAAAAACCGAACUGGACUUUACUGUAACAAGUAUAAUAUGGCGUCUGAUAGUUUAGUCUCACAAUAUCCAAAUGGUAGUGAACCUGCGAAUAAAGCAACUGAUGGAUAUAAGAUAUCAUGUUCAAGAACACAGGGACAUAAUGUAAAAUUUCAGGUUGACCUAAAAAAAGAAAGCAUUGUGACAGGAAUUUAUAUAACAUUAGGUGAAUUGACUACAAAGAAUGGUAUGUAUAGUGUUUAUGCUUCAAAUACAAGCAUCUGGACAGAUGGAAUUGUGUUAUAUAACGGAAAUGUUUUGCCUAAAGAAAUCCAUUUCAAUGAAGUUUUCAGAUAUUUGACUUAUUUACCUACAAUCAAAGGUUUAUCAUUUGACCUUGAAGUAUGCGAAAUUGGGAUUAUUGGUUGUCCUCCUUCACAGUAUGGUCCGGUUUGUGAUCAAAAGUGCCCAGAAAAUUGCCACGGUCCAUGUGACCUUGAAACUGGGCUUUGCAUAUUUGGUUGUUUAAAUGGAUGGACUGGUGAUGAGUGUAAAAACGCAUGCAAAUCGGGUAAAUACGGUAGAGACUGUCAACAGGCAUGUUCAACAAACUGUUUAAGUCAAACAUGUAAUCGCGUGAAUGGAGAAUGCAUUGGUGGAUGUAAUGACGGAUGGCAAGGAUUCAAUUGUUCACAAAAAUGUCCCAACAGUCAAUUUGGGAGAAAUUGUUCAGAAUUGUGUGAGGGAUGUAUAUCAAGCUUAUGUGAUCAUGUUAAUGGGUUGUGCGAUGACAAAACUGUCUCCUGUGAAGAAUGGUAUUUUGGUAAUAAUUGUUCGAUGCAAUGUAACUGUCUAGACCUACCAUGCAACACAGUUGAUGGACUUUGUCCACCUGAAGGUUGUAAGGAAGGAUGGCAUGGGAAAUCAUGCGAUCAAGCAUGUGAUGACUGGUAUUUUGGUAACAACUGUACAAGGAAGUGUAAUUGUUUGACUGGACCAUGCAACCCGUUAACAGGAAAAUGUCCACCCGGCGGCUGUGAAAAGGAAUGGCAUGGUGAAUCAUGUGAUAAAGUUGGAUCUGAGUCACUGAAAGAAGAACCUACAAACGCCGCUGCUAUAAGUGGAACUGUUGCUGCUAUUAUAAUUGUUGUUCUCAUAUUGGUGGCGGCAUUUAUCGUUUAUAAGCGAAGAUCAAUAUCAACGAAAGGCAUAUUUAUACACUGGACAAAAUCAAAUGAUAAGAUAAUUUUGGAUACGAAAAAGAAUGUUAAUUCUGGAAAGGGAUACGCUAAUGUAAAUGUAGCUACAGUGGCCGAUAGAGCAGAGAUAACAUUAUCAACCACAGAACGUGAAGAUACUAAAUUACAAUUAUCUGAAAACGAAGAUCGUAACGUGUAUAAUAAUGUACCCAGUGAACUCAAUGUUUUCAAAUACAAAAUACUUAUCAGGGAUCUGAAGGAGGCUAUAAACGAGAAACAGAAAAACGAUGGUUUCAAUAAAGAAUAUGAGGUUUUACCAAAAGGACUUGCUUAUGCGCACGUGGAAGGCUCAAAAGCAGAGAAUAAAGAAAAAAAUCGUUUCCUUACAACAUGGCCUUAUGAUCAUUCGAGGGUUAUUUUGAAGGGAGACACGAAACAUGGUUACAUUAAUGCUAGUUAUAUUGAUAACUAUGAAAAGGAAAAAGCAUAUAUAGCAUCACAAGGUCCUAAAAAGAAAACAUUGAGAGAUUUCUGGCAUAUGGUAUGGCAAGAAAAUGUUGGGAAAAUAGUGAUGGUAACACAACUACUAGAAAAUAAAAAGAUAAAAUGUGAAAGAUAUUGGCCUGAAACAGUUAAUGAACCAUUGGUAGUAAACAACUAUAUAGUCACAAUGAAGGAAGAAAGAGAACAUACAGUUUAUGUUUAUAGAUUGCUCACAGUAUCGAACAAAACGUUAUUGAGGGAGCAAGAAAGAGAAAUUCACCAUUUUCAUUUUACUGAGUGGCCAGACCAUGGUGUUCCAGACAGCAUAAAAGUUGUAAACUUUUACAGGAAAGUCAAAAGUAGAACAUGUUGUCAACAUGGGCCAAUGGUUGUACACUGCAGCGCUGGAAUUGGACGGACAGGGACUUUUAUAGCCAUAGAUGCCUUAUAUGAAAAUGGAAAAAAAGUUAGUCAUAUAAAUGUUAUGGAAUGUAUACAGAUGAUGAGAAAAGACAGAAUGAAUAUGGUUCAAACAUAUGAACAAUAUGAGGCAAUCUUUGAAGCUUUGUUAGAGUUGUUUACAGUACCAGAUACAUCUAUUCCAAAGAAAGAGUUCUGUCAAUUUAUUUCAGAUGAAGAACAGAAGAAAUUACCACAAAAUCAAAAUCUUUAUAAACUAGAAUUUCAGAGAUUGGAAACCCUAAGACCUGUGUAUCCUCCAUCAGCAUUUUCUGCUGCUACAUCAAAAGAAAAUAUUUCUAAAAAUUCGACAAAGAAAAUAUUUCCUCACAACAGGUAUAGACCGUAUACAAUUUCAUAUUCAAGAACGCGUAAUGAUUACAUCAAUGCAGUGAUUAUACCCGGAUAUACAUAUGGCAGUAAGAUUUUAGUAACUCAAUGUCCUCUUGAAGAAACUGUUGUUGAUUUCUGGACCAUGGUAUAUGACCAUCACUCUCCUAUUGUUGUCGUGUUGGACCAGUUGAACACGAAUGCUCCGUUGUGUUUAGGACGACAGGAAGUGCUGGAGUUUAAAGAUUUAACUAUUGUGCAAGACAACUCACCCAAUCCAGAGGAGCUCAAGCUUACGUUGAGCCAUAGGGAAAAGGAUCCGGUGACAAUAACUGUUUUUACCACGAGUAAAGUAAACAAUGAUGCAAUGCUACCAUCAAACAUUUUACUUGGCUUGUUGAAAAAAGUAAUAGAGUGCUGGAAAAUACAGAAAGGUCCGAUUACUGUUGUAUGUAGUGAUGGUUGCAGUAAAAGCGGGGUAUUUAUUGCACUAAAACUUAUCUUGGAAAAAAUGGAGAUAGACGAUGAAAUUGAUGUUUUCCAAGUUGUUAGAACAAUGCAAGUUAGACGACCUGAAUUUUUCACAGACUUUGACCAGUAUGAAUAUUGCUACAGGUGUAUCAAAGAGUAUUUAGAAAACGACUCGGUGUAUGCAAAUCUAUAGUGGUACCAGACUCCGCGGUCAUAGAAGUAUUUGUGACGAACAAAUGAGAAUGGCUAUAACAUAGUGUUAUUGGAACAUUUCAACUGUUAUGCUAUUGAUAAAUUGGUCAUUAAUUAUUAACCAUUACUAUAGCUUCCAUACGUAUAUUGAUGCAUAGAAACAGUUAUCAUG